AUGCAACUCACAUCCUUGUCCCUCCUCGCGGCCUGGUCCGCUCUCGCCGUCGCGUCACUCAACGUCGGCAGCAGCGGCAACGGAGUCGGGCAGAGCGAAUUUCACCUAGGCGUCAUUCUCCCGCGACAGCAGAGCCGCACCAACCUGCAAGUCUUCUCAGGCGCCCUUGGUGGCACCGGGGCGUCGGCCAUCACCAACUCGGGCGACCCGGAGCGACCGUUUGAGGUCGACGGCGACACUUUUGUAUGCCACCCAUCUAUCUAA